AUGAAACUGUUAGCCCUCUGCUGUUUGGUGGCAACGGCCUUCGCCGCACCCGGCGCUCCAAGAUUCAACCCCGCAGACGUGCAGGUCUUGCGAUACGACAAUGAUGUCAGUCCGGAUGGCUUUAGAUACGCGGUCGAGCAAUCCGACGGCUACAGGAACGAGACCCAAGGAACGCUCGCCAAAGCCGGCGAGGAAGUGGCGUUGCCCGUCAAGGGGAUGUUCUCAUUCGUCAUCAAUGGCAUCACCUACAAUGUCAACUACACGGCCACCGAGAACGGAUACCAGUCCACUAUUGAACAAGGCCCUGGAGGCGGCGUCCCUCCGGGAGUCGUUGCUUCUCUGCUUGGCUAAGAAACUGAGC